AUGGCAAUAUCCACUUUAAAUCCUCAACCUGUCCCUGAUCCCCUUUCUGCCUCAUACGUCUCCCCCAAACCCGCAUCUAUCAUCCGAGAAGAGGUCGAGGCCGCGCAAAUUAAUCUCCGUAACCGUCUCGCCGGAGCCAUCCGUAAACCCCCUCCAAAUGUUCCAGUUGAAUCACUCCCAACGGUUCCACUUAUUGACAUCGGAGCAUCAUUCGACGGAAGCUUGGAUUCUCGGAAAACCAUUGCCAGGCAAAUUCACGAAGCGUGUGUGACCACCGGAUUUUUCCAGAUCAGCAAUCAUGGAGUCACGGAGGAAGCGAUGGCUGGAGUACUGAAGCAGGCGGAGAGAUUCUUCCAUGAAUUGCCGCAAGAGAAGAAGCACGCGAUGCACAUCAAAUACUCACCUCUCUUUCGUGGUUACGAGCCACAUGAUUACACAUAUGUCAACCCCGACGACAAGGACCCAGAUGGCAGGUCAUCGGCCCAGCAAGAAACAAAAGAAGGCUUCAAUUGGGGAUAUGAAGAGGCCAUGGAUCCCAGUGGUGGUGAUGGGAAAUAUGUCGAAUUGGAUGGGGUAGCUCCCGCCACGACCGGAAUAGGAAAUGUCUGGCCUGCCGAAGACGAUUUACCAGGCUUUCAUGCGACUAUUUCGUUGUACUACAGCCAAGUGCUGGAACUGGCAAGGCACUUGUUUCGCCUUUUUGCGUUGUCGCUCGAUCUCGAGGAAGACUACUUCGAUCCUUUAAUGACACAUCCAGGCGGGAUUGCUCGACUUCUUUAUUACGCCGGACAACCGGCGCUGGACAAGGAGAAGACUGAUGAAGAGGUAGAGUUCGAAGGAAAACUGGGACUGGGGGCGCAUACCGACUAUGAGUGUUUCACACUGCUCUUAUCGUCGACGAAUCCAGGACUCGAGAUCCUCUUUCCUCCAUCUCCUCUCACAAACAACCUACCGAUUUGGCGGCCCUGUCCCGUACGACCAGGCACAUUGACCGUCAAUGUGGCAGAUUUUCUCAUGCGCUGGACCAAUGGACUGUACAAAUCGACAAUUCAUCGAGUCGUAAGCAAACCUGGGGCCGGUGAAAGGUACUCGGUACCGUUCUUCUUCAGCAUCAAUUACGACAGCGAGGUCACGGCGCUACCAGAGCGGUGUGUCGGGAAGAGCCGGUUCUUACCACUGAAAGCUGGCGAGUACAUUCUCGAGAGAUUAAAGGCUACACAGACGUGA